GAGAGUUCAUAUAUUUGACGACGCGGUGUCGUUCAGCUACCGGAAGAAUAUCAGUUCUUUUUUUGGAGGGGAGAACCAUUUCCCACCAAUUUCUCUACUGUUCAACCAUUCUUGAAUUCUCUCCCAAUUUCAAAUGAGUUAGCUCCUAACUUCCAUGGUUUCUGAGAUCUGGUAGCUUAGCUCAUCAUUCGUAGCUAACCUCUUUCAAAGUUCAAGAUGUGCCAUGAUAAUUUCCACGUGCAUUCUUUAGAAGAGGCAACGACAGCUGAAGAUAGUCUCCUAAUAUAUUGCAAACCAGUUGAACUAUACAACAUUCUUCAUCUUCGUUCCCUUAACAAUCCUUCUUUUCUUCGACGUUGUUUGCAUUACAAGUUACAAGCUAGGCGAAAAGAGAGGGUGAGCACUGGAGUUGUAAUUUUCAACUAUAGGGACUACAACAACAUAGUUCGAAAAACUGAAGUGACCGAAGACUUCUCAUGUCCAUUUUGUUUGAUGCUAUGCGCAAGCUUUAAGGGUUUGCGCUACCACUUAUGCUCUUCCCAUGAUAUGUUCAACUUCGAAUACUGGGUGACUGAAGAAUAUCAGGCAGUAAACGUCUCUGUGAAAGUUGAUGUCUUUAGACCUGAGAAUGUAGCAGAUGGAGUGGACCCACAACUACAAACUUUCUUCUUCUGCACAAGACCACGAAAGCGCAAAUUAAAGAACUCUAUUCAGAAUGGGAAGUAUGUGCAGUUCUUGGAGAUGGACUCACCUGGACCUGCCACAGAAGGCAUGCACAAGGGAUUUGUCGGGCAUAAUGCUGAUGGUGUAUCCUGUGAAAAAGAGGGGAGCCAUUCAUUCCCCAUUGAGACUUAUUUGCAGAAUGCACAACAAGACGGAGAAAAUAUUGGCCCUGAAGGUCCUUCCUCUAUGGAGUGCAUUGAACGUGUUGCAUCCAGCUCAAAUAUUCCAGGUUUCUCAGUGGCUAUCAAUCAAUCAUCUACAGGUCCUGAAUGUUAUAAAGUACUUUCUGGAAAUGAUCAUUUACAACCAGCCAAAGCAAGGAAGUUAACGGUAGAACGAGAUCCAAGAAACCGCAUGCUUUUGCAGAAACGGCAGUUUUAUCACUCUCACAGGGUUCAGCCUAUGGCUCUAGAUAAAGUACUAUCCGACAAAGAUAGCGAGGACGAAGUAGAUGAUGACAUUGCUGAUUUUGAAGAUCGAAGGAUGCUCGAUGAUUUCGUGGAUGUCACCAAAGAUGAAAAGCGGCUUAUGCAUCUAUGGAACUCCUUUGUUAGAAAGCAAAGAGUGCUAGCUGAUGGUCACGUGCCUUGGGCAUGUGAAGCAUUCUCAAAACUUCACGGGAAAGAGCUUAUCUCAUCUCCGCCUCUCUUUUGGUGUUGGAGAUUAUUCAUGAUCAAGCUCUGGAAUCAUGGUCUUCUCGAUGCAUCUACCAUGAACAACUGUAAUUUAACACUUGAAGGAUUCAAAGACGAGAGUUCGAAUGCUACGAAAAACUGUGGAGGAGAUGACGAUUAGCAGCUUCUUCAGCCUAUUACAUUGACUAAUCAUUUAUAGGUUGGAGUUGGUUCCUUUACAUUCAUUAUUCACAUGGGCUACCUUUCUUUCAUAACUUCUAUUGAAGGAAAAAAAUGAACCUCAUAUUUCUACUAAAUUUUUGCCACUUCUAGUAUAUCAGAACUUUUAUUCUCUUAUAUAUUCUUUUUUACUAA